AGGUUUCUAGGAAUUUGACCAAUUUAGCAAUUAAAGAUAUUUAGUACAACACAGGGCUACCUAGAUCCCUUUGUCUUGAUUUGCCUUAAAAACCAAGGGAUAGAAGAGCAAGGAGAAUAUAGUAAUCCCAAGAAGCAAGCGAACAGGGUGAAAAAUCCUAUUGGCGCUUGUACCUAAAGCAUUUCUGCCCCGUGGGCUCAUUCCACUCCGGGUGGCUCACACAUGUUCAGUCCGUAUCCCCAGUUAGCCUGGUUUCUUAUGUUCUGGCUCCAAACCCAUCAAAACCUUUCCUCGCCCUUCUAGGUGUUUCCAAGGCUAUGCCCUUGCUCUUAGGACCUCAUAGAACUUUGCUUUCUCCUCUUCUAUGAACCUUAACUUAUUGUAACAUAUCAUUAAGGGCCUGCGCUUGUCAAGACACUGUGAGAAGGCGUUUUCAUGUGGCCCAUCUCUGGUUUUCCUAACGUGAGCCUGCAGCUUCACAGUUGCGGGGCACUCAUAACCCUUUCGCUGAACUGAGGUGCCUGUUCUUGGGGAGAGAGGAGCUCUGCCCAGAUCGUCCAGGGAGGUUGGCCCUCCAGGGGUCUGCGGGCUAGUGACGUGCUAGAAUGCCCAAGAGUGACCUCAUAAAGCCAGAAUUCUCCCCGUGGACCCUUCUCUGUGGCCUCUGGAAUCUAGAUGGCGAGGAAAUCUCUAAGCAGAGAUUUUCUGUGGAGUGAUAAAAGUGAGGAAUAAAAGGCGAGAGUUUGGAGAAUGUUUCAACACUUGUACUACCAGUCCCACACCAGAGUCGUGUCUAAUUCCCUGUUGGACACCACAUUGGCGGUGUUCUGCGCGAGAUGCCGGAAAUUCCAGAGGAAAGACACCCAGUUUCAGGCGUUUGUGAAGAGAAUCAUAACGAGCCCUGUGUUUAAGAUAAUCAUGAUCAGCAUCAUCUCAAUGAACGCCUUCCUGGUGGUCUUGUGUACUGAUUAUGAAACAAGAUACAACUUCUUCAGGCUUUUUGAGAUCUUGGAGAUGAUCUGUGUGACCAUCUAUACUGUCGAAUUCUACCUGAAGGUUUACGUGGACCCCAUCAACUACUGGAAGGAUGGCUACAAUCUUCUAGAUGUGGUGAUUAUCAUCACUAUCUCGAUCCCCUACUUUCUCCGCAAGGUCAAGGGCAAGCACUACCCCUACCUCAACAUUGCUGAUGGCAUACAGUCCCUGCGCAUCCUGAAGCUUAUCACCUAUAGCCGUGGCAUCCGGACACUCAUCACCGCCAUCGGGCAGACGGCCUACACCGUGGCCUCUGUGCUCGUCCUGUUCUUCAUCCUGAUGUACAUCUUCGCCGUCCUGGGCUUCUGCCUGUUCGGAGGUCCCGAAGGGGGCGACCUGAAUAACUGGGAGAACCUGGCUGUGGCCUUCUUCACCCUCUUUAGCUUGGCGACGGUUGAUGGCUGGACAGACCUGCAGGAGAAGCUGGACAACCGGAAUUUCAUGCUGAGCCGAGCGUUCACUAUCACCUUCAUCUUGCUUGCCUCCUUCAUCUUCCUCAGCAUGUUCGUGGGUGUGAUGAUCAUCCACACUGAGGACUCCAUCAAAAAGUUUGAGCGGGAGCUGAUGCUGGAGAGGCACCUGACGCUCCUGAAGGAGAAGCAGGUGCUCCUGAAGCGGCAGCAGGAGGAGGUCAGCAGGCUGAUGCAGAUGCAGAAAAAUGUCGACUACAGAAGUUUCACUGAGCUGGUGGAGAACUUCAAGAGGACCCUGCGGCACACGGACCCCAUGGUCUUGGACGAUUUUGGCACGAGCCUGCCCUUCAUCGAUGUCUACUUGUCUACUCUGGACAACCAGGACACCACAAUCUACAAGCUUCAGGAGCUGUACUACGAGAUCGUGCACGUGCUGAGCCUCAUGCUGGAAGACUUACCCCAGAAGAAGCGGUCGCACUCCUCAGAAAAGGUGGACAACGUGUAGCUUGGUGUGGGCGCCCAGGCCCAGACGGGCUCGCAGCCUGUGAGGGGCCCCA